AUGGACCGAAUCUGUAGAAACCAUCACCACACGGCUAUUGUUUCACUUUUCAUAGAGCUGCUUGACCAAGACUGGGAGGUCUCCAUCUCCCACAUUUACCACGAGGGCAACAAGUGCGCGGAUUAUUUAGUCAGUUAUGGCCAUUGUAUGCCUUCGGGAACCCAUCUUGUUCCUGUUUCAUAUAUGAAUCUUAAUUAUUUCCUAUUGUAUGACUAUCAGGGGCUCCCGAACCCCGUCUGGUGUUGA